GCACGAACCGCUUGCCAUUUUUCCCCAGUAAAAGAGCACCAACCGACCACCGGAAACGCGCUACACGCCCAAAUAUUUCAUAGGGAGUAAGUACUUAGUAAUCUCCGUGAAUGCGCUAUCUUUCUCCCUCUAGCUCACAAGCACGGCCAGGUGAAUUGCACUCGAUCGAUCCAAUAGGGCAACGUGUGAAUGGCAGUUUUUACUCGUUCUUCCAAAUCCAUCCAUCGGCCAGUCUGUCGUCCCCUGCAGAACCCUAUUUACUCCAUCACUACCCCAACCACCCAACUGCGUGCUCUUUCAAUUCAUUGCGCCGGCCACCGCCAUGACAACCUCCCCCCACCACCACCCCAGCUCACAUGGCCAGUCUCUUGCACACCAGCUGAACAUUAAUCAAUGCCCCGCAUCUUUUUACGAGCUAUAUAACACGCUGAGCUAUCUCAGACCUUAGAUACCCAAGCAAGAAAGAGCUUUCCAGAGUAGAGAGUAGCCAGCCAAGCUGCAGCCAUGGGGACGGGAAGUGCAGGUACGGGGAGCAAGGCAGUUGUAGCGCUCGCUCUGCUGCUCUGCCUGAGCAGCGCCGUGGGUGCGUGGGCGAGGCCCGUCGCGUCCAAGGGGAAGCAUGCCGGAGAUGAGAAGUUCCUCUUGUUGAAGAAGCACUUCGGUAAGGGACUUGGAGGCGGUGUUGGGAAGGGGGGUGGGCUCGGUGGAGGGUAUGGGAAAGGUGGAGGGCUUGGUGGUGGCCUAGGUGGCGGUGGUGGCUACGGCGGAGGUGGCGGUGAAGGACUUGGUGGCGGCAUUGGCCAUGGUGUUGGUGGAGGACUUGGUGGUGGGUUCGGCAAAGGAGGUGGACUUGGUGGCGGUGUUGGUCAUGGUAUCGGUGGCGGCCUUGGUGGCGGAAUUGGCCAUGGUGUAGGCGGAGGUCUUGGUGGUGGGAUUGGCAAAGGAGGUGGACUUGGCGGCGGUGUUGGUCACGGUAUCGGUGGUGGAUUUGGGAAAGGAGGUGGACUUGGUGGCGGUAUUGGUAAAGGUGGCGGUCUCGGUGGCGGAAUUGGCCAUGAUAUGGGUGGAGGUCUUGGUGGUGGGUUCGGUAAAGGUGGUGGACUUGGCGGCGGUGGAUUUGGGAAGGGAGGUGGACUUGGUGGCGGUAUUGGUAAAGGUGGCGAUCUUGGUGGUGGAAUUGGCCAAGGAAUUGGCGGCGGUUUUGGUAAAGGUGGAGGUCUUGGCGGUGGCAUUGGCAAAGGUGGAGGACUUGGUGGUGGCAUUGGCCAUGGCAUCGGUGGCGGAUUGGGCAAAGGCGGAGGCAUUGGUCAUGAUAUUGGAGGUGGCUUCGGCAAGGGCGGCGGCCUCGGUGGCGGCUUCGGCAAGGGCGGCGGCCUCGGGGGUGGUGGAGGAGGUGGGUUCGGUGGUGGCAGCGGCUCCGGUGGAGGUUUCGGCAAGGGCGGUGGGUUUGGUUUCGGGUUUGGCAAAGGUGGAGGACUCGGUGAUGGUGGCAGCGGGGGCAUUGGUGGUGGCCACUGAUGUGUAUCCGUUCGGUCGUUCCGGCUCUGUCUGUAUGUGAUAUGUUUGCCAUCAUAAUAUUCUGUUUCGAUAAGAGCAGUAGGUACCAGGGAGAAGAUUGUUCCUAGCACGUAGUAUCCUGUUGUGUUUGUUUGGUUCGCGUUUGGAGAGAUUAGGUUCGCACCUGUACGUUGUUAUUAAUUUGGUGAUGCUGAUAUCACAGUAUGUACUUCUCCAAAAAUAUGUUUGUUCUAAUGAUUAAUAAUAUAAAAUAAGUAUAAAUAAGAGAAUGCUUUGCAGUUUC